AUGGCCGCUUCCAGCGCGCCGCCGCCGCCGCCCCCCGGCCCUCCGCGGCCGCGCCACUUCCGCCUCCACGGCCACUUCCGGCCUCGCGGCGCCGGCCCCGCCUCUUCCGCCCGCCGCCCGCCGCCAGGCCGGCGGAGGCCCCGGUCGGGGGCGGCGCGGGGAGCCGGGGCGCCGGGGCGGGGGCUCGGGCCGCCGCGUCCCGCUGCAUCAGCCCGGGCCGCCGCUGCCGCCGAAGCCGCUGCCGCUCUGGCGCCCGAUCCGGGGCCAGCCGCAGUGCCCUGCUCCUCCUCCUCCUCCUCCUCCUCCUCCUCGGACGGCGCCGCCUCCGCCGGGCUGCGCGGGGCGGCGGCGGCGGGCGGGCGGCUCGGCGGGGGUGGCGGCCCCCGAGCCGCGGCCCGGGGGGCUCCCUGGCGGCGCGGCCCGGGGCCGGGCGGCCGGCCGAGGGGGCGAGCCGGGGAGAGCCGACGCGGAGGCGGCCCGCGAGCCCGGGAGGGGGCGCGUUAUAAAGAGGGAGGCGCCCGGGCCUCGCCCUCCGCGCCCCUCCCCCUCCGCCCGCCCCCGCCCUGCGCCCUCCCACCCUCCGCGGCCGCACCUGCCGCCGUCGCCGCCCGCCCGCCGCCGCCGCCGCCGCCCGCCGCCCUCGGCGCGUCACCGCCCGCGGCCCCUCCUCCGCCUUCGGAGGUGGGGCCCCGCGCGCCGCACCUGGCCGCGGGCCGCGGGCCUCAGUUUACCGCCCGCGCGCCGCCCGCCCGCCGCCUCCCCGGCCCGGCCGAGGGAGGGGCGGCCGGGGGCCCCGGGAGGAGGGACCGGCCCCCGCCCCCGCCGCCGCCGCCGCCGCCGCCGCCCGGGCCCCCGCCACCCGCCGUUGACAUGGCAACCGACGGCCACCAGGGGGCGCGGCGCCACUGGCGGCUGCGGGCGAGCCCAGGCCCGGCCUGCAGCCCGGGCCCCCGGUUCUCCGGAGGGGAGGCAGGGUUCUUCAAGUUCAAGGGCUUUGGGAGCCUCUCCAAUCUCCCUCGAUCCUUCACUCUGAGGAGGUCGGCACCCACCAUCAGCAUCCGGUCUUAUCUGCAGCCCGACACCUUCGAGACCACACAAGAUGACAUGGUGACGAUCCCCAUGAGUCCCCCACCCUAUGCCCGCUCCAGUGACAUGUACAGCCACAUGGGCACCAUGCCACGCCCCAGCAUCAAGAAGGCUCGGGACCGGCGGGCCAUAUCACAGGCCCGGCAGCGGAACCCUGAGCCCCACCUGGGGCCCCCAGAUCAGGCUGACACCCCCAGACUGGAGGCAGCCAAGGAGGAGGUGGUGGCGGGGACCACUGCUCCCACCCCCGCUGCGGGAACCAACCCUUCAGCCACAGAAGAGGACCCCACGGAGAAGGAGAAGCCUAAGAACCCCGAGGAAGGCGCCGCAGAGGAUAUGCCCUUAAACAUGCCCCCGGAAAGGUAG